CUCGCUUCGGCCGGUGCCCUCCCCGUCGCCUGGCCGCGCCGCGCCUCUGCCCAAUCGCCGGAGAGCCUCUCCCGGUUGGGUGGAUGCGCUGCGCUCCAGAGGAGGCGACAGCAGAGGACAAGGACGGGGACGGGGACGGGGCCGCGCCUGGGUGGCCUCCCCUCUUGGCGAGGGAGCCCGCCUGCCUGCCCUCGACGCCCGGCGCGAAGUCAGCCGCUCCUUUUGCCUCCCCGCGCGUGGAGAGGCUCCCGGGACGCCAGCGGGCCCUCCAGCGGCGGCGCGCUUAGAAUGUGUGGGAAAGUUCUCCUGGUGUGCCUGAUCGUCGCUCCGGCGGCCUUCCAGAACAGGGCUGAGAGUGUGGAGGAAUAUGACUAUGAUUACCUCAGCACCAACAAAACAUGGGUCCUGACCCCCAGAGCCCAGGACACAGAUGCCACGCAGAUCCUCAACUCUCUGCUCCGGAACUAUGACAACAAGCUGAGGCCAGACAUCGGCAUCAAGCCGACUUUUAUUGACGUUGACAUCUACGUCAACAGCAUCGGUCCCGUCUCUGUGAUCCACAUGGAGUACACCAUUGACAUCUUCUUUGCCCAGACGUGGUACGACCGGCGCCUUCGCUUCAACAGCACCCUCAAAGCUCUGACUCUCAACACGAACAUGGUGAGCCGGGUCUGGAUCCCAGACACUUUCUUCAGGAACUCGAAGCGGGCCGACUCCCACUGGAUCACCACCCCCAACCAGCUCCUCCGGAUCUGGAAUGACGGGAAGGUGCUCUACACGCUCAGGUUGACCAUUGAGGCUGAGUGUCUGCUCCAGCUGCAGAACUUCCCAAUGGAUACACAUUCCUGCCCUCUCGUCUUCUCGAGCUAUGGCUACACACAGGAGGAAAUCGUCUACCGCUGGAGGAGAUACUCCAUUGAAGUCUCAGACCAGCGCACCUGGAGACUUUAUCAGUUUGACUUCACGGGGCUGAGAAACACCUCCGAGGUGCUCAGGACUGGCGCUGGAGAAUACAUGGUCAUGACGGUGUCCUUUGACCUGAGCAGGAGAAUGGGCUACUUUGCCAUCCAGACCUACAUCCCCUGCAUCCUCACGGUGGUUCUCUCCUGGGUCUCCUUCUGGAUCAAGAGGGACUCAACGCCUGCCAGGACAUCUCUGGGCAUCACCACCGUGCUCACCAUGACCACCCUGAGCACAAUCUCUCGGAAGCAUCUGCCAAGGGUCUCCUACAUCACAGCGAUGGACCUGUUUGUCUCUGUGUGCUUCAUCUUUGUCUUUGCGGCCCUCAUGGAGUACGCCACCCUCAACUACCUGGUUGGGAACAAGAAGCCAGAAGAACACAGCCACCGGAAGACCAGGCUGCCAGCCAGCCAUGCCCCACUGGUGCCCUCCUACACCACCAUUCACAUCAACAGCCUGAUGCUUUGGCCUCCUGAAGUGGGCAACGACGACGAGAGCGAGGCUCUGGGGAUGUCCUCCUCGUCCACGUGCCUGGAAGGGAAGGCGUGCGAGCGGUUCUUCUGCUGUAUCGAGGACUGUCAGAGGGGGACGUGGCGGGAGGGCUACCUCCGCAUCCACAUUUCCCGCUUGGACUCCUACUCCCGUGUCUUCUUUCCCACAGCCUUCCUGCUCUUCAACAUUGUCUACUGGAUUGCUUAUCUUUACCUCUAGU